AAUGCUCGGCGUUGGUCUAACUGGUCUGCCAAAGUGAGUAGUAAAACUGUUGACUAUCAAUGUGCAUAGAGCGUUGCAAGUGUUCCUGCAGACCUGCGUCUCUAACUAGACCAGAAAUUAGGUCAUUUUGUUAAGGAUUACAAAUUAUGUUCAGAGACCCUGGUGAGCAUUUCUCAUCUAGGUCUUCCAGCUGAAGUCUUCUGCCUGCAGCCAUCAACACUGACGGUUGCGGUUUAACCAGGUUGGAAAAAAAGACACUACAUGGUAGCAAUAAAUAAAUGUGAUUUGGUAUAGUAUUUGUAAGAAGAAAAGUCUUGAAAAAAGACUUUUACCAUGUUGUAAAACCUAUCCUUAUUUGGAUACUUUUCUAUCAUUUUACUAAGAAAACCCAACAAUACCUACAGCUGCGAUCUAUCAGCUGUGUUUGGGUCCUGGAAAGGAACACCUGGAUCUGAAACCUUAGCAGCAGGUGCCACUAGCUGAGCAUUUACUGGCUCAACACCUCUCCAAAAAAACACUAACCAAAAGAAAGAAAAAAAAAAAAAGAAAGAAAUUAAUCAGUCCAGUCAACUAUAUAAAGUUCAGGGGCAGGGAAAUGAAGUUUCACAAAGGAGAUUAACAAAUAGGCAUGGUCAGGUUUCCUAAAACCCAGUAUCUGUACCAGAUCUUUUCAGCAUAAAUGGUGGUUUCUCUGGCAGGAGUUUAGCUGAAGAGCAGGCUUGAUCUGAGAAGUAACUCUGUAAAGUGAAAUGACACAGUGGGAGCCCACCGCGAUGGGGCUGCAUGUUCAGCUGAUGUACCCCUUGAUUACUCAGUUUCAUGAAGUCUGUGAGGAAUUGCUCCACCGGGAAAUGCGGCCAGUUGAGCUUCGGUGUCUUUAUCUGCACAGCUGUAGGGAUGGGAAGGGGACGAGGGCGUGAUGCCUGCUGCAAAGGGUCGUUUGGGGAGCUGGAAGUCUGGGAAGGCAUAUCCUGGCGUGUUUGCGCUCCACGGACCAAGCGCUCCAUUCGUUAUACCUAUCUCUAAUGCUCUUUAUCAUGUUAAAGAUGCUCCUCAGCUCGUGGCCUCGGGUGGGCUGAUGCUAGAGACGCAGUGGGAGCAGGCCUGAAUGCAGUGUUCAAAGGCUCUGCGGAGCGGUAGUUAGUUGAUUGUUGUGCUGAUGAGGCACGAACCAUAACCAGACCUUCAUGGACAACACUUUGAGGGCCUUAUUCCCCAUAUUCACCGGCACACUGGCUGAAAGAGAGCCGGAUCCGCCCUGGUGAGAAAUCUCUGUGUCGGGCAGGCAGCGUGGGGAAGGUGCUGGGGCACGGCCGAGGUUCUGGUGUGGGUGUCUGUACAUUGAGGGAACAUGUUGUAAGUGCUUUGGUGUUGUCUUUUGGGAACUCAUGGGAACAGAUGAGAAGGCAGAGUCACUGCCCCAGCAGAUCCUGAUCUAAAUAGACCGAGAGAUGACAAACUAGAAGGGGAAAUGUUGUCUUUUACAGCCAAUGUGUGUCUUGCAGCGAGGGGCCCAAAACUGAACACAGUAUUUGAGGUGCAGCCUCACCAGUGCCAAGUAGAGGGGGACGAUCGCUUCCCUAGUCCUGCUGGCCACACUAGUUCUGAUUCAAAAAUAUUUAAAAUCAGAGAGGGGCAAACCUACAAGACCCUCUUGAUAUCAGAGCAGCGUAUAUGCAGGCCUGCAGAACAACCACAAACACGUUUCUCCCUUGCAAGGCUCAUCAUCCUAUCUAAUACAGAAAGCUCCUGGAGAUAACGCGAAGCCGGGCAUACAGUACAGCCUAUGCUCCAGGCACAGGGAGUAAGUGUUGAGGCAAGAAAUGACUUUUUCCUGGCAUGACCCACUACAGAUUGAACUGGAAUGGCAAUUAGAAGUUGAAGUGCUCAUUUAAUGUCAGUGAUGUGUAAACUACGUUGCCAUUGUUAUUUUAGUGCUGAUUUACAUAAUUGGCAUACCCUGAAGUCACACCGCACAGCACUUGCAGUUCAUGCUAAAGACUUGCAGGAAGUCAUAAAAUUAAACAUUAUCUGCGCUGGAAUGCAACGGAAAAGUAACUAAACUUUUGAAGGAUUUCACCUCGCUCUGUGUCACCUCUCCUGCCGUAUGCGUGGCAGCGAGCGAAAAUCAGGUUAACAAGUGUUGGGAGCUGUUGGUAUGAAGGAGCUUUUCCAGCUCUUUAAUUACGCUGGUGUAGUUCUAAGGUCGUUUGUUACACUGGUAUGUAACUCCUCGUGUGAGCAUCUCAUCCUGCAGCAAGGUUUUGCCAGUAUAGCUGAAGUCACUCUAAUGUGAUAGGAAGGGCAGGAGAAGAGGGUCCACAGGAGGAAUUAUUCCAGGCCAAAUGCGCUGAAUUCCUGCCUCGAAUCGGUGGUUUUCCUACAUUGAAAAGUCAUAAGAUGGAGAGAAAAGGCCGCUCCCAAAGGAGGAGCUGGUAAUGGAGCUGUCUCAGUUGUUAUUGCUUUAAAUCCUCCUCCGCAGUAAUUCAAGGUGUCAAAGGCUGUCUGUGUCUUUUGCAAAUGAAGCCCCUGAGAGGUAUUCGGAAGAGGAGGCACAGCACAGGGCGCUCACCUUGCUGGGCAGGAGCCUGGGCUAGCACCAGGACCCCGGCUAAUGACGGUGUGCCGAUGGCUUCGGCUUUGAUGAGGACCCUAAAUUGCUAGGUAUCACAUACCUAUGCAAGAAGGGCCAGGCCCUACCGCAGACCUCAAGCAGACAAACAAGAGACGGGGCAAAGGAUGCACCCCUACCCACAAGUUACUAAAUCCUACCAGGACUAAAAGAUUUGCCAGCAUCGGUAAAGGGAGCCAGGGACGUAGCUCGGAUUGGGAGCCCAAUCCCACAGGGCACGGGCUUGUCUUCUUCACCCCCGCCACCUCUGUCCUCCUCUGUGCCCGUACGGAGCCGUGCAUGAUGCUGGGCCCGCAACGAGCGGUCGAGGCUGCAAACCCGGGGAAGCACCGGCGUGGGCACGGCUGGGCGCCCGUCCCACCGCCCCCGGCCCCGCAGGGAGCGCGAUUCGACCCCCGGGCCAGGUGCCGGGAAGGAGGCGAGGGACCGUGGGCUGGCAGAGGGUGGUUUGCGAUGGGGUUGCCGUGUCGGGACCGGAGAUCCGCCGCAUUUCCACCACUGGAGGGCAGCCACAUCUUAAAAAAAAAAAAAAAACACACUCCAAAAAAAACCCCACCAACAAAACAACCCAACAAACCCUCUGCCGUCCGCACGGCCGGCCGGGGCUGAGCCCGCACUCCGAUGCACCGCAGCAUCUCCGGGAGGAGACUCCUCCCGAGCCUCGGUGCUCGUUUUUCGGGGGAGGACAGAGAGGAAACCCCCGAGUUUCCAGCCCCGCGGGGCUCGGGCUCCCAUGCACUGCUGCUAGCGGAGGUAGAAACGUAAAUAAGUUUAUAUAUAUAAUUUAAACUGAUUUUAAAGCACCGGGAUUCUCCCGAUACCUUACGUGACCUUCACACCUUACCACCCCGGCCGGCCGGGGCACGGCGCUAAUCCGAUUUGGGGCGGCGGAGCCCGGGAGCGCUCGGGGCCGUACAAUGGGUCAUUGUUCCGCUCGACCGGUGUCACAGCUUAACGGGACGUCAGCCCCAUCCCUCGUCCCGGCGGUAACUGCGACCCGGGCAGGCGGCAGCCGGGCGAGGGAGGGAGCGGACGAGGGAGGAGGGAGGGAAGGAACGGAGGGAGGGAGGCGGCGUCUCCUUUAAAAAGCCGUGCGGGGCCGCAGCCCGCUCCCACAGGGCGGCUGUGAUUGGCGCGGGCCCGCGAGCCUCCGGGGUCGUGACAUCGCCGAGCAACAAAAAGCCCCGGCGGCGGCCGGCCACCCCCGGCAAUGGUGCGGUGCGGGGCGGGAGGAGGGCAGGCCGGUGGGGAGCCCGGCGCUGUCCCCUAGCGCGGCCGUUCCACGCGGGACGGCAGCAGCAGGCUACUCCCCACCCUUUUUUUUUUUUUUUUCCUUCUUCCCUCCUCCCUCCUUUCUUCUUUCUUUUUAAGGGAGCGGAGAAAAGUCAAGCUUCAUCUUAAUGUUGCUGCGGGAGUCUCGGUAAAUGUCCAUCUGUCUGAUGCGGGUGAUGCAAAGGACAUUUUUUAAAAGGAGCCUUUUAACUCCGUAGACACAUAGGGACCCAUUCACGGGCAGGCACACGCACACACACGCGAGGAGGAGGAAGAAGAAGAAGAAGAAGCAACAACUUUUCGAUCGCUGCUUUUAAAAGGGAGAAGCCCUUCCCUGGCCGGGACUUGCCUUCUGCCUCCUCAACCAGCUGCUAAAAGUAUGUUUCUGAGGCGGACUGUACUUCAGGGAACUUCUAUUUUCUGCUCGGCAGCUGUAGAGGAGCAGCAGCGAAGUUUGGAGUAACACCAAGUGAUGCGGGAAAAACACCCCGAGAGCAGAAAACCCUCCUGCAGACACAACCCCUGCUGCUGCACACAGGUUGAUCAUGGUUGCCGCGACCCGCUCCCUCCUGGCGCUGCUGCUCUGCCAGGUGCUGCUGGGCGGCGCGGCCGGCCUCAUGCCGGAGGUGGGCCGGCGGCGCUUCAGCGAGCCGGGCCGCGCCGCCUCGGCCGCGCAGCGCCCCGAGGACCUCCUCAGCGAGUUCGAGCUGCGCCUGCUCCACAUGUUCGGGCUGAAGCGGCGGCCCAGCCCCGGCAAGGACGUCGUCAUCCCCCCCUACAUGCUGGACCUCUACCGCCUGCACGCGGGCCAGCAGCUGGGGCAGCCGCCGGCCCUCGGCUACCCGCUGGAGAGGGCCGCCAGCCGCGCCAACACCGUCCGCAGCUUCCACCACGAAGAAGUUUUGGAAGAACUGCCAGAAACAAGUGGGAAAACAGCACGGCGUUUCUUCUUUAAUUUAACUUCCAUCCCUAACGAGGAGUCUAUCACCUCAGCUGAACUCCAGAUUUUUCGGAAACAGGUGCACGGAGCCUUUGAGAACAACAGCAGCUACCAUCACCGUAUUAAUAUUUAUGAAAUUAUAAAGCCAGCCACAGCCACCUCUAAGGACCCUGUCACAAGACUUUUGGACACCAGGAACACAAGGGGAAACAAAAACCAGGAAAGAACAGAAGGGAUGGAGGAGCCCUGCUUGCGCCUGGCACGCACGCUGUUUGGGGAUUUGACAGUCUGCCUCCUGCUCCAAGCCCUGCCUUCAGACUACUGCCUGACCUCAGUGAGUCCCUUCCAGGUUCCACGCGCCAUCUCACAGUCACGUCUGCUGGAAAAACAAUAUAAACACAAACAACAACUCUGUUCUGGAUGAGCUGAACCUGAAGCGUGGGGCUUUUCGGGACCAUAUUAAAAGCCUCUGAUGAUCAUCAACAUGGCUGUACCAAACAUCUCUUCUUAAUGUGAGGCACAAAGCCCAGAAUUGCCAUCUCUCGGCCCCAGGAAACACGCUCCCGGCAACUGACUGGGACGGCAGUGAGGUUUUGCCCAAAAUCUCGUCCCUACCAUAAGAGCCGUGGGAGAACUUGAGUGGAAUGAAGAUUUCUGCCCCGAGUAUAUUUAUUCCAGAGUAUAAUGUCCUGCUCCAGGCAGGCAGGCACUAGUCCCGGAUGACUUCAAAAGAGCUAAUUCAGGUUGCCUCUCAGCCCGUAAGAGCCAAGAAGGAGAGCUGGACCUGCCAACUCUGCAAGGACCAGUUUAGGUGCUGCAGCACCUGGGAAAAAGGCAUCUGACCACAGCAGGGUAACUUGGCACGUCUAAGUCAUUUUGCCGUCCUCCGAGGGACAACGUGUAAAACCUACGUACCUGGGCAGAGGGCUAUAUAUUGCUUAUAUCAGAUCUGUAAAGAGCCAUGUGAUAUUAUUAAAUACUUAAAAAUUAUGAGUGUAACAGAAUAUCCCGCUCAGAUGUAUCAGAGGAACCGAAGAGGUAAAAAUAUCCAGCAGCAGUUCACUCCGUAACAGGCACUGUGCAUGCAGGUCACAUAUGCCUAUACAGGCAUUUUCUGGAUCGUGUUUAUCUAUGCGUCAUAAAUAGAGACACAGACAUAAGAACACUUGGUUUUCAGGACUGAAUCACUUAGCUUUGAUAAGAUUUUAUCUAGAUAAAAACUGAAUUGAUUGACAUCUCAUACUUCUUGGGUUUAAUGAGCUCAUAACUGCACUUUAAUUGGUUUAAUUACCAGAACAUAAUAUUACAGGUAUGUAAUGUAGACCUGUAAUGUAGAGUUAUACAAUAUAUUAUAUAUGUUAUGCAUAAUAAAAUGCAACAGGUAAUAUAACACAGUUUUUCAUAAGAAUUAUUACUAGGAUGAUCAGUAGUGAAUAUUCGGUGACAUGAAUAGAAAUUUCCUUUAAGUAAUAUCUGCAGGAUUUGGCCCUCCUUGUAUAAGCUUCUAAGAACAACACACAUAUGAGGAAAAUGUGAAGGCUGUGAAAUAUGAAAUUAUUUGUAGGCUAGGGUGGGAUUUGGCUUCAGUAAGCUCAGGGUCUAAGUUCCUCCAAGAUGUUUAUGCAUCUAACUCCCAUUUCAAAUUUCCAUGUUCGCUUCAGAAAUACAAUUUUUCCUCUAGCUUUUUCCAAGGCUGGCUCAACGCUCACAGCACUUUCUCAAUCUAUUUAUUGUCUGCAUUUUGGAAAUUACUAUUAACAGUCACCCAGUGUUUUCCUAAUAUAAUUAUUUAGAUCUCUCCAGUGACACAAUUAGCAUCUGGGAGAAACACCAUAGCGUGCAAUUGUGUCUUUAAUUAUCUUUCCAUUGUGAGUAGAGAUGCUAUGUGCCAAGGCAGUUAUUACACCUGACAAGGACAAUGUAUUUACAAUGGGUGUUUAUACAGGCUAAUUCCUUAUAAAAAUACCUUGACAGAAAGUGCUCCACCUGCCUUCAUGUUGCCUAUCGCAAUUGCUAAUUAAUAUUAUUGUGCUAAAAAUGAUCCUAUCAAUUAAAGCCUCUUCUGUCAUAACCACUGCUCCCUGCCUAGCUAUGCCUAAUUAACCUGCCGCUGACUCACAUGCUGGGAAGGAUGUUCAUCAGCCAGACUUCAUCUUGCUGAUCUGAUUUCCAUUGCUCCGCUUGGUUUUACGCAGAGCCCUCCGUUCAGCUAAGCACGUGCCUCCCCUGGAGCACGCUACCCAGUCGGCUUGCCUCUCUGCUCAGCAGUUCUGACACUCAACUGCUGCUGCUGGGUCAGGGUUUAAAGCUAUAUUCAGGUUCGUGGUAAAGUUCUCAUUGAUUUAAUUGGUUAACAGGGCUGACCAUAAGCAUGUAUUUGAACCCAAGUGCCAUCUGAUUCACUUUGCCAGUCACACUGGUUAAAAUACGGUCGUGAGUGUGCUCCGUGCUUUUGGACAAAAUUAUUCUGCAGGACGCUGCACUCAAUGGUUGCAGCUAUUCUCAAUUUUCUGUAUAUUUGUCAAGCUAAAAUAACGUUUAUGUUGCUUGCAUAAAUAAGACUUGAUCCUUCAAAUUGAAACAGAGUGGUACUGCUUUGCAGCUCUGGUCUCUGGGAAUUGUGGUGGGGACUGGGAAGGACGGCGGUGAAAGCCUGCCAUCGGUCCCAGAUCAGCCAGGUUCAAAGAGCGACUUUGCUCUGUGCAAGACGCUUUGGGCUUGAUUUUGGCCUUGUAUCUAGGUAUGUAAGGAUACAAACAGAAGCCUAAUGGGAUUGUCAAAAGAACAUUACUUACCCCUCGGGAGAUCGCCUCGUCUGCCAAAGAGCUCCUGCACGGCUCAGCUCAAAUUGCAAAACCUCCGUGUUCUUCUGUUUCUCAUCUGUUACAAGAGAGAUAAUUACAGAGAUGCUAAGAGGAUAAACGUAGUAAAGUCUGGGAGGUGCUCAAAAAAAGAGCAUGUAAGAUAGAUGGGGCAUGACUAGUUACUUGUCUCAAGGCAUGCCUGAGCUCUGCAGUGAAACAGCCGGGGCUUCUGGCCAACUGAAAAGUCAGCCGUGACAUCUCAGUGGCCAGGGGGGCUGGGUAAGGGGUCUCAGGAUAUGGGGUUGUCCUCUCCAGGCUCGCUCGAGAUCAGCUGCUGAGAGAUGUUGGACUCUGAAACUUUCUUGGGCCUUUUCGGUGGUCAAGAAAUCAUCAGAAUAACACUGGAGGAGCGCUUUUUAAAUAAGAUUUCUGGUGUCCCUGUGUGCAACUACAAACAUCAGUGAAUUACAUUGAGGGAAAAAACAUCCCAAUCUCCUCUUUUCCAACUCUCCAAGAAAGACUAGCUUGAAAUAUGGAGGAGCAUUCCUGAUGGAAGCUGCUGUUCACUUAUCCCAGGUUCCUGGGCUGUCCUCAGCGAUAAAGCUGUUUAUCACACAUUGCUCAGUGGUACUACAGCGAUUACGUCAAACUUAGCGCAGCGGCAGGGAACCCAUCCUGACAACCCCGCAAGCCAGGGCUACGCAGAAGGAAAUGGGAGCUUAGAGAAAAAGGAUGUCAAGUGAUGAGCCACUGCCUUGGGACCAGCUCUGCAGUGCCUGUUACAGAUUAAAUUCUAGGCAAACGUAAUGAAAUCUUGUGGAGGGAUGGCAAAGUAAGAAACCCACGUGCACGUGCCUUCUGGUAGAUAAGGCAUCCAGAUUGCUCUUUUUGGAACUAACCAAUAGCAACAAAAAGAGAAAAAGGGGAAACAAAUAAAGCUUAAAAAUUGAAUACAUCUUCCAGUGUACAAAAUGAAUCAGUGAAUCAAAUGGGCUAAAGGAAGAGAUGUGGAAAAAGCAAGACUUUUACCCCCAUGGAAUCAUGGGAUUCUUGUAAAGACAGGGAGAAGAAAUAUUUAUUCUCAGAGAAACACAAUGGUGCCACUGUGAAAUGAAGCAGGUGGCCAGCACAUUGUGUCUGUGCAUCUUCAGCACUGACCAGGAUUAAGACAUUGAGAAAACGAUGUACUUAAACCCGUGUACUUAAAUUGUGAGGAGCACCUCUCGCCCUGAAGGUCUUCCUCUGUGGCAAUCCCGUUCUUCCUUCUGUGUUUGGAGAAGGGCUGGAAGGUGGCUAGGAUUGACCAUAGUGCCUGUACAUCACAGGCAAACACCCUUUAUGGAAAUAUUUGUCUUGUCAGGCACUCCCAUGGGAGCUAAAGGUAUGCAGCACCUCACUGGAUCAGCACUUGCUAUUGCCACUAGUAGUAGUAGUAAUAAUAAUAAUAAUAAUGGCAGGGCGAGAAAUAAUACUGCAACUUCCUUUCAACUUUGAGGUCUGUGUGUGUUGAGAGAGCAAGAAUUCCACAGAGCACUCGAUUCUGCUUUCUUUGAAGCAGCAGUAAAUAGAAAUGGUCGGUAAAACUUCAGAAGAACCAUCUGUAUCUGUAGUUACACAGGCUAAAUAUAAGUAAUACUCACAUAUUUCUUUGAAAUAUGCUGUUCUACCAAAAGAGAAUCACUUAGCAAAAGCAGAUCCCUUUUUGACUGCAUUUUGCUUUGAAAGGAAAACAUCCAGAGGAAAAACAAAAAUGCCAAGAGCACUGCGAUUGUGCCAUUUCAAAAUUUAGAGCAUGAAGCAUUUGGUUUUCUCACCUUCAAGUUUUCCUGUAGAUCGUUAUGUAAGACUGUGAAAAGCAGGAAUGGAGACGACAGGCUCAGGCUCACUUUUUGGGAGGGAAGGUGGAAGAGAUAUGUUUCUUCUGGGGUGAUUCUUAAACUCUUAAGUCAAAAUUCCAAUUCCUUAUCAGCAGGGCAUUCCAUUUGGAGUAUUGCUUAUAUGUCUCUCUAUUACCACCAUCACCGUAGGAGCCCCACAUCGCAUCUCCUGGUGUACAAAUCCUCACAGAGCCCAUGGCCCACAGUUGUGGAAACUGAGGCAAGGAGCA